UUUUUAACGCUAGCAACGGGUGUUCAGUUGUGAGGUCAAUUUCCUGCAGGAGUGCUUGUUGGAGUACUUGUUCGGUAUUAAGUUCCCUUAUUUCCGCAAAAAUGAGAGAAAUUGUUCAUCUACAGGCAGGCCAAUGCGGUAACCAAAUUGGAGCAAAGUUCUGGGAAGUGAUUAGUGACGAGCAUGGCAUUGAUCCCACUGGAACCUACCGUGGGGACAGCGAGCUGCAGCUGGAGCGAAUCAACGUCUAUUACAACGAGGCAUCAGGUGGCAAGUAUGUCCCUCGUGCUGUGUUGGUUGACUUGGAGCCGGGUACAAUGGACUCUGUGAGGUCUGGCCCCUUUGGUCAGAUCUUCAGACCCGACAACUUUGUGUUUGGUCAGAGCGGAGCCGGUAAUAACUGGGCCAAAGGCCACUACACUGAGGGAGCUGAGCUGGUGGACUCGGUUCUGGAUGUGGUUAGAAAGGAGGCAGAGAGCUGUGACUGCCUCCAGGGUUUCCAACUCACACACUCCCUGGGUGGAGGCACGGGAUCCGGCAUGGGCACACUCCUCAUCAGCAAGAUCCGAGAGGAGUAUCCAGACCGGAUCAUGAACACUUUCAGUGUGGUUCCCUCACCUAAGGUGUCGGAUACCGUGGUGGAGCCUUACAACGCCACGCUCUCUGUCCACCAGCUGGUGGAGAACACGGAUGAAACCUUCUGCAUAGAUAACGAGGCGCUGUAUGACAUCUGCUUCCGCACCCUGAAGCUCACCACACCCACUUACGGGGAUCUCAACCACCUGGUCUCGGCCACCAUGAGCGGCGUGACCACCUGCCUGCGCUUUCCCGGUCAGCUCAAUGCUGACCUGAGGAAGCUUGCAGUCAACAUGGUGCCCUUCCCCAGACUGCAUUUCUUCAUGCCCGGCUUCGCACCUUUGACCAGCCGAAGCAGUCAGCACUACAGGGCUCUGACUGUCCCAGAACUUACCCAACAAAUGUUUGAUGCAAAGAACAUGAUGGCGGCCUGCGACCCACGCCACGGUCGGUACCUCACCGUUGCAGCCAUCUUCAGAGGCCGCAUGUCCAUGAAGGAGGUGGACGAGCAGAUGUUGAAUGUGCAGAACAAGAACAGCAGCUAUUUUGUGGAAUGGAUCCCCAACAAUGUCAAAACAGCCGUCUGCGACAUUCCUCCACGGGGCCUCAAGAUGGCCGCCACCUUUAUCGGUAACAGCACUGCCAUUCAGGAGCUGUUCAAACGGAUUUCGGAGCAGUUCACUGCCAUGUUCAGACGCAAGGCCUUUCUGCACUGGUACACUGGUGAAGGGAUGGAUGAGAUGGAGUUCACUGAGGCUGAGAGCAACAUGAACGACCUGGUGUCAGAGUACCAGCAGUACCAGGACGCCACUGCUGAGGAAGAGGGAGAAUUCGAGGAGGAAGGAGAAGACGAGCUGGCCUAGAAGCUAGCGUCAAUUCUAAUUUAUCCAACAUGUUCAAGCAAGGAAACCGUUAGGUAGUUGUAGUUUUAGGUGAGCACUUUUUCUGAUUUAGAGUAGUACCACUUUGUCAAAAUGUAAGCGGUGUGUAGAAGCUUCAUCAGGUGUCUGCUCUGCAGGCAAGCUUCACCACAAAUAAGUGAUGGGUUGGGGUGGGGGGGUUCCUGUGUUCCUCUGCAUGUUCUCGUUUUUCCCAUCCCCCUUAAUGAGCGCAUUGGUUCAGCAUGAUUUGAAUCCGAUCUGUUUGACUAAAGUUAAUAAAAAAAGCAAAACAUGCAGGGCUUUUUCUGCUGAUCCUCACUCAGUGAUGUUGGAUCCUCACAACAAUCUGUCUAAUCCAAUCUCUUCUCAAAAAAACUGGUUUGGACUGAAUUUAUUUUGUACGUUCACCUUAGUGACACAAUUUUAGUCUCUUCAGAGUCUAAACCCAAAAGCUUUAAUCAUAAAGCAUCACCGUUGAUGUAUUCUGGCUGAAUUUAACUUGGUGUUUCAUCUCAUGUAAAAGUACUUCAAUAAAAAUUCUUCCUUCUGAGAAAA